AUGACGGUCGACCAUGAUUUCAAUAGCGAAGAUAUUUUAUUCCCCAUAGAAAGCAUGAGUAGUAUACAAUACGUGGAGAAUAAUAACCCAAAUAAUAUUAACAACGAUGUUAUCCCGUAUUCUCUAGAUAUCAAAAACACUGUCUUAGAUAGUGCGGAUCUCAAUGACAUUCAAAAUCAAGAAACUUCACUGAAUUUGGGGCUUCCUCCACUAUCUUUCGACUCUCCACUGCCCGUAACGGAAACGAUACCAUCCACUACCGAUAACAGCUUGCAUUUGAAAGCUGAUAGCAACAAAAAUCGCGAUGCAAGAACUAUUGAAAAUGAUAGUGAAAUUAAGAGUACUAAUAAUGCUAGUGGCUCUGGGGCAAAUCAAUACACAACUCUUACUUCACCUUAUCCUAUGAACGACAUUUUGUACAACAUGAACAAUCCGUUACAAUCACCGUCACCUUCAUCGGUACCUCAAAAUCCGACUAUAAAUCCUCCCAUAAAUACAGCAAGUAACGAAACUAAUUUAUCGCCUCAAACUUCAAAUGGUAAUGAAACUCUUAUAUCUCCUCGAGCCCAACAACAUACGUCCAUUAAAGAUAAUCGUCUGUCCUUACCUAAUGGUGCUAAUUCGAAUCUUUUCAUUGACACUAACCCAAACAAUUUGAACGAAAAACUAAGAAAUCAAUUGAACUCAGAUACAAAUUCAUAUUCUAACUCCAUUUCUAAUUCAAACUCCAAUUCUACGGGUAAUUUAAAUUCCAGUUAUUUUAAUUCACUGAACAUAGACUCCAUGCUAGAUGAUUACGUUUCUAGUGAUCUCUUAUUGAAUGAUGAUGAUGAUGACACUAAUUUAUCACGCCGAAGAUUUAGCGACGUUAUAACAAACCAAUUUCCGUCAAUGACAAAUUCGAGGAAUUCUAUUUCUCACUCUUUGGACCUUUGGAACCAUCCGAAAAUUAAUCCAAGCAAUAGAAAUACAAAUCUCAAUAUCACUACUAAUUCUACCUCAAGUUCCAAUGCAAGUCCGAAUACCACUACUAUGAACGCAAAUGCAGACUCAAAUAUUGCUGGCAACCCGAAAAACAAUGACGCUACCAUAGACAAUGAGUUGACACAGAUUCUUAACGAAUAUAAUAUGAACUUCAACGAUAAUUUGGGCACAUCCACUUCUGGCAAGAACAAAUCUGCUUGCCCAAGUUCUUUUGAUGCCAAUGCUAUGACAAAGAUAAAUCCAAGUCAGCAAUUACAGCAACAGCUAAACCGAGUUCAACACAAGCAGCUCACCUCGUCACAUAAUAACAGUAGCACUAACAUGAAAUCCUUCAACAGCGAUCUUUAUUCAAGAAGGCAAAGAGCUUCUUUACCCAUAAUCGAUGAUUCACUAAGCUACGACCUGGUUAAUAAGCAGGAUGAAGACCCCAAGAACGAUAUGCUGCCGAAUUCAAAUUUGAGUUCAUCUCAACAAUUUAUCAAACCGUCUAUGAUUCUUUCAGACAAUGCGUCCGUUAUUGCGAAAGUGGCGACUACAGGCUUGAGUAAUGAUAUGCCAUUUUUGACAGAGGAAGGUGAACAAAAUGCUAAUUCUACUCCAAAUUUCGAUCUUUCCAUCACUCAAAUGAAUAUGGCUCCAUUAUCGCCUGCAUCAUCAUCCUCCACGUCUCUUGCAACAAAUCAUUUCUAUCACCAUUUCCCACAGCAGGGUCACCAUACCAUGAACUCUAAAAUCGGUUCUUCCCUUCGGAGGCGGAAGUCUGCUGUGCCUUUGAUGGGUACGGUGCCGCUUACAAAUCAACAAAAUAAUAUAAGCAGUAGUAGUGUCAACUCAACUGGCAAUGGUGCUGGGGUUACGAAGGAAAGAAGGCCAAGUUACAGGAGAAAAUCAAUGACACCGUCCAGAAGAUCAAGUGUCGUAAUAGAAUCAACAAAGGAACUCGAGGAGAAACCGUUCCACUGUCACAUUUGUCCCAAGAGCUUUAAGCGCAGCGAACAUUUGAAAAGGCAUGUGAGAUCUGUUCACUCUAACGAACGACCAUUUGCUUGUCACAUAUGCGAUAAGAAAUUUAGUAGAAGCGAUAAUUUGUCGCAACACAUCAAGACUCAUAAAAAACAUGGAGACAUUUAA